AUGGCUCUGAAAAUAGCUUCAUAGAUUCUGCAGAUAAACUAGAAAACAAGACUGAUUGCGCCAGUGCCCAGAUCGACCUUGUUUUCGUUAUUGAUGCAUCAGGAAGCGUUGGAUCUGACAACUUUAAGAAGACAAAAACAUUUUUGAAUAAUGUUGUUAGUAAUCUAGACAUUAGCAACUAUGAGACACGUGUAGCUGUGAUUAGAUAUUCAUCCAGUCCUCUCUUAAUCUUUGGCUUAGACACUCACAGUACGAAAACUGCAGUAACAAAUGCUAUUAGCGCUAUACUUUACACUGCUGGUGGUACUGCUACGGACUUGGCUCUUGACGAAGUACGUACCAUGGUCUUUACAAAUACAACAAGAAAAUCUGCUGCUGCAAAAGUUUUAGUUUUGGUCACAGAUGGACAUUCAAAUAAUGAAAAUAAAACAGUAGCGGCAGCUCAAAGACUGAAAGAUGCUGGCGUCACUAUAUUUACAAUUGGAGUUGUCAAUCCAAGAGUGUCUGAGUUAACUGCAGCAGCAAGUGAACCCAGUUGUACACAUUACAUCGACCUGAAGGAUUAUAAUGAGAUUGAUUUUAUUGUGAAGGAAAUUGAAUCUGGAUCUUGUAAAGCUCCCACUGAAGUUCCUGAAGAUAUUCUGUUAGUCAAUAACACCAUUCCAAAGACUAACGAGACAAAACAACAAGUCCUGCAGGUCACCAACACGACAAAGUCCACCUUGGGUACAACAGUUCUGGUGAAUGUCCAGUGUGGUGUGGUCAUCGUGUACGCUUCAUUUAACAACAGUUAUCCCAAUGAAGCCGACUACGACUACAAGACUUCGGCAACUGAUGAUGAGCCGGGCAAAUUAUUUCUUCUGCCAAAAACAGAACUUACUAAACUUGCCCUUAAUGUCCUUUCCAAGAGAAGAUUUGAUCUCAAUUCCUCAGCUUGUAACAAUCCUUCCUAUGACAUCAACAUCAAACCAACAGGUAAGCUACUUCGUUUUCUUUUAAACAUUGUUCUAUUUCUUUUAUAUAUAUUCAAUGAUAGGAGUGAUGAUGGUUCCGGAAUCGACGCCGACACAGGACGGUUUGUCGCCAUUCUGCUCUCUGAUCCGGGCACCG